AUGUUCCGCUUGGCUGGGACAGUGGGCGCCGUGGUGUCUGUGUGUGUGAUAUGGGCGUGUGGAGCGUGUGGAGGGCUGCAGAGCUGCGGGGAUGUCCAGUGCGGCGCUGGGCAGCAGUGUUGCCCCCCUGCAGGCCCAGGGAACAGCACCAAGUCCUCUGUGGGCUGCUGCAAACUGCCCAUCCACGUCUUCUUCGACAACGUGGGAUGGUUCACACGCAAACUCUCCGGGAUCCUCAUCAUGCUGUUGCUUUUCGCCAUGGGCUACUUCAUCCAGCGCAUCAUCUGCCCGCGGCCGAGCGGACAGCCGAGCGCACCGGGGAGCAGCGAGGCGCCCUCCCAGUUCUACGGACAUGCGUCCCAGUCCCAGGACUCUCUGUUGGAACAGUCCUACAGCAUGGGGGACAUGGCCUCCUCCAGUCUGCCUGCGUACGAGGAGGUGAAAUACCUGCCCACGUAUGAGGAGAGCAUGCGGGAGGAGAUGCACCGGGAGCGCUCGGAUGAACUCCUGCUGUGCGGCAGCUCGGAGCGCAGGCGGGACGUCCCAGAGCCAGGACGGCUGCACAGUCCACGGACUUGUCGAAACUCUGUGUGA